UCUCCCCAUCCGGGGCAGCCGGGAAUGGCUGAGCCUGGGGUUCGCCGCCGCCGCCCCCCCGCCGCCGCCGCCUCCUCCGCCUCCAGCUUUCUGCUCUGGCCUCAGUGCUGAGGAUUGAACCCAGGGCCUCACAUUUGCUAGGACUUUAGCAUCUUGAAUCAUUUUGGGUUCAUUGCCUUCAAGACUGACCUGGUCAGAGUUCAUCAUGUUGAAGUUAAAAAGCUCGGAGUCAGUCCGGGUGGUGGUUCGCUGUCGGCCCAUGAAUAGCAAGGAAAAGGCUGCUUCCUACGACAAGGUGGUGGAUGUGGAUGUGAAGCUGGGGCAAGUAUCGGUGAAGAACCCCAAAGGUACGGCCCAUGAAAUGCCCAAGACCUUCACCUUUGACGCAGUCUAUGACUGGAACGCCAAGCAGUUUGAACUCUACGAUGAGACAUUCCGACCACUAGUAGACUCUGUGCUGCAAGGUUUCAAUGGGACAAUUUUUGCCUAUGGACAAACUGGGACUGGGAAAACCUACACGAUGGAAGGGGUCCGUGGUGACCCUGAAAAAAGAGGGGUCAUCCCUAACUCAUUUGACCACAUCUUCACCCACAUCUCUAGAUCCCAGAAUCAGCAGUAUCUGGUCAGGGCUUCUUACUUAGAGAUUUACCAGGAGGAGAUCCGAGACCUGCUCUCAAAGGACCAGACCAAAAGGCUUGAGCUCAAAGAGAGGCCUGACACUGGGUUGUAUGUGAAAGACCUGUCUUCCUUUGUCACCAAGAGCGUGAAGGAGAUAGAGCACGUGAUGAAUGUGGGCAACCAGAACCGCUCUGUCGGUGCUACCAACAUGAAUGAGCACAGCUCACGUUCUCAUGCGAUCUUUGUCAUCACUAUCGAGUGUAGUGAGGUGGGCCUUGAUGGUGAGAACCACAUUCGUGUAGGGAAAUUGAACCUUGUAGAUCUGGCUGGCAGUGAACGGCAAGCCAAGACUGGUGCGCAAGGGGAAAGACUGAAGGAAGCAACCAAAAUCAACCUCUCCCUUUCAGCCUUGGGGAAUGUCAUCUCUGCCCUGGUGGAUGGCAAAAGCACACACAUUCCAUAUCGAGACUCAAAGCUUACGAGGCUCCUCCAAGAUUCCCUUGGUGGCAAUGCCAAGACUGUGAUGGUAGCCAAUGUGGGGCCUGCCUCUUACAAUGUAGAAGAGACUCUGACCACUCUAAGAUAUGCCAACCGUGCCAAAAACAUUAAGAACAAGCCAAGGGUCAACGAGGACCCAAAAGAUGCCCUCCUUCGAGAAUUCCAGGAAGAAAUUGCUCGGCUCAAAGCCCAGCUGGAAAAACGGUCCAUUGGCAGAAGGAAGAGGCGAGAGAAGCGGAGGGAAGGUGGUGGCACUGGUGGGGAUGGAGAAGAUGAGGAGGAGGAGGGAGAAGAGGGGGAGGAGGAAGGAGAUGAUAAGGAUGAUUACUGGCGGGAACAGCAAGAAAAACUGGAGAUUGAGAAGCGGGCUAUUGUGGAGGACCACAGUUUGGUUGCAGAGGAGAAGAUGAGGUUGUUGAAGGAGAAGGAGAAAAAGAUGGAGGACCUGCGACGAGAGAAGGAUGCUGCUGAGAUGCUGGGCGCCAAAAUCAAGGCUAUGGAGAGUAAACUUCUUGUUGGAGGAAAAAAUAUAGUAGAUCAUACGAAUGAACAGCAGAAAAUCUUGGAGCAGAAACGGCAAGAAAUUGCAGAACAGAAACGUCGAGAGAGAGAAAUCCAGCAACAGAUGGAAAGUCGAGACGAGGAGACCUUGGAACUUAAAGAGACAUACAGCUCAUUGCAGCAAGAAGUGGACAUCAAGACCAAAAAACUCAAAAAGCUCUUCUCCAAGCUUCAGGCGGUGAAGGCUGAGAUCCAUGACCUCCAAGAAGAGCACAUCAAGGAGCGCCAGGAACUGGAGCAGACGCAGAACGAGCUCACUCGAGAGCUGAAACUCAAGCAUCUUAUUAUAGAAAACUUUAUUCCUCUGGAAGAAAAGAGUAAAAAUAUGAACAGAUCCUUUUUUGAUGAAGAGGAAGAUCAUUGGAAAUUACAUCCUAUAACCAGACUGGAGAAUCAGCAGAUGAUGAAGCGGCCAGUCUCCGCUGUUGGCUAUAAGAGACCAUUGAGCCAACAUGCAAGAAUGUCCAUGAUGAUUCGUCCAGAGUCCCGAUACCGGGCAGAAAACACAAUGCUCUUGGAACUGGACAUGCCCAGCCGGACCACAAGAAAUUACGAGGGCCCAGCCAUUGCCCCCAAGGUCCAGGCUGCGUUGGAUGCAGCUCUACAGGAUGAAGAUGAGAUACAGGUGGAUGCGUCGUCCUUUGAAAGCACUGCAAUUAAGAAAUCCAAGGCCAGACCUAAAAGUGGCAGGAAGUCAGGAUCCUCUUCCUCGUCCUCCUCAGGAACCCCUGCAUCUCAGCUGUAUCCACAGUCUCGGGGGCUGGUUCCCAAGUAAAGCUGGGGCUCUUCUCCCAGGGCAUGAGCAGCAGUGUUGCCUUCUGAGAGAAGAAAUGAGCACGAAGCUGCAGAGAGGAUUCGAGCCCAGACUCAGAACUGUUCCCCUGAGGAGAAGCAAUGGCCUCUGCAGAUUAACCAACUUAAUCUGGUCGAAUGUGCUGGCCCUAAUCUGGCACUCAGCUCCUCUGGGAAAUGUCCUUUAAAUAGCAUCUCAGAAAUGCAUGGGUAAGGAAAAGUGCGAUAGUCCAAGAGGACAGCAAGAGAAUGACCAUGACCUUGCUUCCCUUCUCCCUUGCCUUCUCUCCACCCCUCCCCUCUUUUCUCCCUUCUCCUUUUCUAGCCUGUUUUCACAUUGGGCUCCCGUCUUGUCAAACAAUGGGGCAGAGUCAGGGAUCCCCUUAGCCAGACUGUGUCUUUGGAGCCUCAGGAUAAAGUGACAGUGAGGUUGAAAAGUGAAAGCCCUAGAACUUGAAGAGGUGCCUGAUCUUGUAGGGAGAAAUGAGGAAUCUCAUUUGGAUCCAUGCCCAGGAGGACACAAUCAGCAACCUUGCUUUUAUGCUUCUCAGUAAGAAGUGGGUCUGCUUUUGGGAUCUGCUGAAUGAGAAACUCUUCCAAUUUCUGCUCGUGAAAGAUUCAAUGUCAGAAGCAAUAAAAAUAACAUUCCCUUUGCCUCCUUGGAGAGUUUAGGGAAAUUGCUUCUUUCAGACCUCAAAACCAGACCAUCCAGUCAACCUAAGUCUGAAAGCCAGUGCCAUGUUCAUCCACCAUGUCACUUUACUGUUCUGGAUUUGUCAUCAUCUUUCCCUAUGCAUGCAUACUCUGAGCAUCCUUGAGUAAGCCUGUCCUCUGUCUCCAGAGUGUGCUUUGUAGUGGGCCUGUUUUGUGGGAGAAGGGAGGCUGGCUCUGCCUUCUCUGAUGACUAGAGUUGGGGGAAAGCAACAUCUAGUGGCACUUUUGAAUUCCCCAUUUUGUUCCAUACUGGCAGAAAGAGCAGAACAGUAGCUAGGCAGAGGCAGAGCUGGAAAUAUGAGACUCAGAGCAGUGGGAAGGGAAUGCAUACAGGUGGAAGCAAAGGAGUCCUGCUUGCCUUCAGGACUCAUGGAAUCCUAGAGCUGGGACUCCUGCCAGGUGGACUGUUACUCAUUUCCCCCCAAGCUCAUAAGUGUGUACGCACAAUGUGUCUGUGCCCUAUGGGUCCAUGUGUGUCUGUAAGAAACGGAGACCAUGAAUUUGCCCAAUUUUAGAAAUAUGCUAAAGUGCAGUUGUUGCCUUUUGUCCAUUAAAGGCCUAUUAAAUGACUAGUCCAGGCUGGAAGCACUACUAUGUGUGUGUCUGAGUCCACAAACCAAGCCUGAGGAGACGUUAUGAGUUCCCAAGUCUGCCUGGUACACCAUGCUGGCAUGGUGUCUCAAGAAGAUAGUGACUCAGGUGGGCCUUGAGUUAUAUUUUAACUUAACUGCUCAGUUCCCAGGGCACAUUUCUGGAUUAGAACCCAUGGGGAAGAGGAGGUAACAAGUGCAAUGUCUUAGCAGUCUGGAAAACAGAGAUCUGGUGUUCACAGAUCUCUUCUUGUUAGUAAUCAUUCUUUCUGAACCCAGGGCCCUAUUCAGCAGUUCCCAGAGCAUAAUGGAGCCUUCUUUCUUCUUUUUGUGGGUUCAAACCCUGCUUCUUCCUUAUUUACUAAGAACUUGCCUGUUUGAAUAGGAACAAAUGAUGUAGCCUACGAUGGUUAUCUACUGGUGAAUGUGUCUCUCACACUACAUUCCUUUGAAGCUAGUCUGAAUUCUGUAGGCUGAAAAUAAUCAUGUAGCAAAUCAGAGAAUUGAAAACUGUGGAUAACACUAUACCUUAAAACUGAUAUCUUGAGGUGGCCAUGUGAGCAAGGGUAGUUAAGUGACACAGAACUUUUCCAGGAAGGCAAAAGAGGAAAGCCAGGUUGACAAGGCUUAAAUACUAAGACAAGCUUGUCUGGUACUCAGCUGUGUUUAUUUGGUGGUCUGGGGACAGUCAGUAAAAGGACACUCACUUGGAGAGAUGAAUCUAUCCCUUUCCAAGCAGUCUCUGGUGCUUUUCUUCUCUCAAAAUGGAUCCGAGAAAUAUUCAAAAGGAGCAGAUGGUAAGAUGUGUUGUUGCCACCAGAAUGGUGCUGCUUGGGCUUCUGAAUUGAGCCACAUGUGUAGAGGACAUAGCAAGCCCACUAAGGGCAUCCAUGCUAGAGUGUUCCAGGAUGGUGGAGAGCCUUCAUGCCAGCAGCUAGUAAAGUUUGAAAGCAAGUCUCUUGUGGGACCUCAGAAGACUAUCUGGGAGAAGGAAUUUGAGACUGUCUGCAACCUCAUCAGACUCCCUUUUGUUCUGCUCAGUAGAAUAUAUCUGGCUUCAUAUUUUUACAGUCACACAUCUCCCAGACCCCUGGAUUCAGAACCCAAGGCCACAAAUCAUAGGCAUGAAGCACUUUCUUAAGACUCUGACUUAAUGUUAAAUGGUUUCCCAUCUAAUGCCUGCAUGCUGCUUGACUUGCUCCACCCACACUUUCUCAACCAAGGGCACCAGAGUGUUCUACAGCUUAGGCAUGGGCUACUCUCUGCUUUUUCUGUCUGACUCUUGUAAGUCCUGACUCACUGAAUGUAGAUUCGUUGCCAAGUUUCCGAGAAGUGUCGACUCCCUUGUAACACAGGGUGCCAGUUCUGCCUCACAGUCCCAUUUGAAGUCCGAGUAUAUUGUGAAUGCUCCUUGGACCAUCCAAACACCAUCAGUAGAUGAAAUCCAGGCUUUUAAUGUACCGUAAAGCCAUGCUGAAAAUGCUCAGAGGGAACUAGAUACAAAUAGUGGGCCUGGCAGUUGUCUAUCAUGUGAGGCUUUGUCUUUUACUAUUUGGAAAUCAGGCAACUUUCUCCCUGCCCUUGUCUCUUGAAUGAAAUACUUUUGAGGUUAUUUAUGAAAGGGGUGGUCCCAGCUGGGCAGAAGGCAGUGGGGUUUAUGGCUCCUUGGAGUUACUAUUGAUCUUGACCUUCUCUUUGGCUACUUGUAGACAAAGAAUCUGCCAAUACUUGGGGCUCUAAGUUUUACGAUUGAUAUUUAUUUGUAUCAUCUCUUUGUCUAGGAAUGUAAAAGUGAUUCUAAACUAAGAUGUGUAAUAAAAUCAAUCAGAUUUAUUGUACCUACAAAAA